AUGAGCUACACACUUUCAAGAGCACAAACGUCUUCCGGUAUAAGAAGUCAACCAUAUUGCGCACGAAAAGAAGGAGACUCAAAAAAUAAUAAUAUAACACAGCCCAUGAGUUUAACAUCUUCAAUGGUUCUUGAGCAUCAGCCAAGCUCUUUUAAAAAAUUCACAUGAUUUGCAAGUCACCAGCGCAGUAAAAGUCUUGAUAAAAUUCCUAUUCAAAGAAAACAGAUUCCAGAAUCUGAUGUACAUAUAAGAGUGACUAUGACCGCAACUGAAAAAUAUUAUUUGAAUGUAAAAUUUUUUAAUAAAAUUGGUUUUUUUAAAAAAUCAAUCAAUUAUAAAGCUUAAUUAUGGUAAAAGGAAUAAUUAAUUCCCAAAAGAUAGAAAUCGAAAACUUAAAAACUGAGAUUGAGACUAAGAAUUUAGAUAUUGAAAAAUUAAUCAAAGAAAAUCAAGAAUUAAAGCUGCAAAAUUCUCAAUUAAAAGCAAGGAAGUUUGCAGCAGAUUCUCCUAUUUAUUCCAAAAAUCCAUCUUUCAGCCAAAAAAUAGGCAGAUUUAAUAGAAAAUUAUAA